AUGUCUUUGCCACAAACACCAACACGACGCUCUCAGAGAUUUCAACCAACAGCAACCCCUUCGGCGAAGCAUUCCGACAAAAAUGUCCUUGAUUGUCGAUGGAUAGGCGAUCCAAUAUACACACGAAGAAUGAAUCCAGCUAUCGACCUAUUGCCAGAAGAACUGGAUGAGAGAAGUGAAAAUCAGACAGAAGAAGAAAAAGAGCAUGAUAACGAGGAGGAAACCGUGUUUUUCGACGCGUUUUUGAUGAAGCGCAAAGUAACCAGUUUCAAGGGAGGGUCCAAAAGAAUUGCAGCUGGAACGACAGAAACCCAAACAUACCGUAUUGGAGAUGCAGUUAUGGUUGAAACCGACACGCUUUAUCUCACAAAGCGUCCUCCAAGCAUCGGUGUCAUUGUGUCUAUGUGGCAAACACGAACGAAAGGGGAGAGUGUGGACCUUGAUUCUACCAAGAUGCGUGUUCGUGUUCACUGGUUCCUGCGACCUUCGGAAAUGGCUAGUAUCCGAGCAAAGAGAGAGCAUAAAGAGAAUGAAAUUUAUUAUUCCCUUUCGACAAGAGUAACCCUGACGCCCGGUGUCAUUCUUUCGCGAUGCACAGUCUCCACUUCUCCCAGCGCCAUUGCUUUGGAACAACCAAAGUUCAUAUAUGUUGUUGAUAAACCGUCACAGCGCCCUAAAUCACCUCUUAAAAAGUCUACUCGAUUCAGAUCACCCGAUGACGAACUAGAAGAAACUACAAGUAAACAAGACGAUUCUGCUUUUAAAGACGAUCCAACAAAGAAAUUUUAUUGCCGAUAUGCAGUAGACUCUCGACGAGGCUUGUUCUACGAGCUUGACUACGAUCGACAUCGCCGUACAACGCUUACAAGAUCACAACCCCCCAAAGACGAUUCCGGCCCAAGUUCUGGGAAGAACGACGCCUACAAUUGGGGAGAAGGGGAUAUAUGGGAUGUGGAAGGAGAUAAAGGAUCAAAGGCAACAGCAGGUGCAUCACCAACCAAAACAAAGCCAAAAGCCAAGGCCGCAAAAGUUCGUCGAAAGGGUGGCAAACAAGAGGAUGGCGAUGGAGUACAAGAGGACGGUGCGGAGAGCGAUCACUCCGAGUUCGACGACGGUGCAUCCGAUCAGUAUAUAGAACAGGAGGAAGAAUCUGGCUCUGACGAUGAAAUGGCGGAGGACGAUGAACACGAAGAAGAGGAGUUUGAAGAGGAGGACGAGCUAGAUGCUCUGGGUGAACCCCGGACUCCAUCAAAAAAACGGCGAGGUGGUGCACUGCAAACGCCCCGAAAGAAGAAGCGCAAUCGAACUAUUGUCCAUCCAACUCCACACUCCAAAGCUGCGUUAGCUCGUAGGAAUGGGAAUGUCACCGACUCACCUAGAAAGCGGAAAACUGGGAUGACUUUGCGGUUCCCAGAGCAAUCACUCACAUUCCAAGCAAGCAUGGCACACCUCCCAAAGGAUCCUUGGCUGCGUUCAUUGCAUGCGCUCCAUGUAGGAAGCAGGCCUGAUACCCUGCCUUGUCGUGACGACGAAUAUGCGUUGGUCAUGAAUAGUGUUUCCCAGCUUCUGGAAGAAGGCAGUGGAGGCUGUAUAUAUAUCUCUGGUGUUCCUGGAACUGGGAAAACAGCCACUGUACACACCGUAGUGAAAGAGCUAAAACGAAUGGCAGAAUGUAGCGAAAUCAAUCCCUUCACAUAUGUCGAAAUCAAUGGCCUAAAAAUUCCUGAACCCGCUGCUGCAUACAAUCUUUUAUGGGAAGGUGUAUCAGGACACGACGUUAAGAAGGAUGGUCAUCUCCGUCUUUCCGCAAAAGAAUCCCUGAAAGCCCUGUCGCGUCAUUUUGCCACCGGAAAUCGUGGACCGGGGGGGCAUGCCUGCGUUGUCCUAAUGGAUGAAUUAGACCAACUAGUGACACCCAAACAGGAGGUCGUUUAUAACUUUUUCAACUGGCCCACGAUGGCUGGUAGCAAGCUUGUUGUUAUCGCUGUUGCAAACACCAUGGAUCUCCCAGAAAGAGUCAUGACAGGAAGAGUUCGAAGUCGACUAGGGAUGACUCGUAUCAACUUCGAGCCUUAUAAGCAACCACAGCUGAUCAAAAUAGUGCAAGCGCGAUUAGCCAGUGCGAAAGAAGGGUUAGAAGACGAGGAAGAUGCAUCGAAAGAUAUCAUCGCUUACGAUGCUAUCAGAUACGCAUCUAUGACUGUUAGUAGAAUCACAGGAGAUGCGAGACGUGUCUUGGAUAUUUGUCGGCGAGCUGCAGAGGUGGCGAGGCGUACGAAAACUACGGUUAAAGUGGCUCAAAUCCAGCAGGUCAUUCAAUCACUACAGAACAGUCCGACUGCAGCAUAUCUUCGUGACCUUAGCUUCCACGAACGCCUCAUGUUAGCAUCCCUGAUCAAAUGUGUCAAACGAGAAGGAGUAGAAGAGAUAAAAUUAAGUGAGGUCCACGAUCAACAUCUGACCUAUAUGGAUAUUUUGACUGAAGAAGACGACCCGAAACGUAAACCCACUCCAGCAGAGCUGGCGAUGGUAAUGGACUCUCUUGCCGCCUCCCGUGCAAUUAUUGUGGAGGAAGGAUUGACCGUCACUCGUAAAGGCGAGCAAAGGAUGCUUCUCAAUCUGGAACAAAGCGAAGUUGAGCGAGUUCUCGGUGACGUUGGGGGACCACGAUGGAAGAAUAUAUUCGGCACUAGUUAA